CAUGACUCCGGGAGCCUUACAUAUAUAGAUAACCAAUGCUUCAAAUAGUUUGUCGCUCCUAAAUAUACGUCGCCCUUGUAAGCUUCUAGGCCGUGUCCCACUUUUUUCCUUAUUUCUCGGCUAGCUUGCAAUUCAAAGUAUAUCAGAGUUGUUAUAGCAACACUAUGCACUGCAGCCUAGCAGUACCGCGUGCGCCAGGGGCGAUGGGUCCUCAUGCCGCCCAUCUAGAAAGCCGCAAGCCAGGCCCGGCGGUACACCCGGGUCCCGUUCGCUUACACAUGCCUUCCGUGGAGGAGCUGGAGGGCCCUGUUGCAGGGCGCGACCCUGCCUACUUGCUAUCCUUUGACGGCGAUGCUGGAGAUGCGCACCAGUAUCGGCCCUGGCGCGGCGCGGUGUCCUCUACAGACGCGGGCGGCUACCUAUCGUUCGACGGAGAUAGCUUUGACGCCUUUAAGGCUAACCACCAUGCAGGAGGCCGCAAGUGCGCCCCCGUCGCCCCCCAGCGGCACCCUAAGCGGGGCAAAUCCUCGCGCACACAACCAAGUGGGCUGUAGAGUGAAAGCGAGGUGGCGAGUGACAGCGAGCGACAGUGUUCGCGGGGGUUGCGUGACAUUAUAUGAACUGCGUAGCCGACAGCGGUAGGCCCUGCAAGGGUUGUCGUGUACCAGCAUUAGGACAAUAUCGGUAAGUUAGGGUGCCUGUUUACACCAACGCCGAAGCAGGGCAGCGGUAGCGCCAUCAGCAUUCAUACCUAGCGAAGUCGUGCAACAAUUACCAUGCUGACACCAUAUUUUUCCUUAUUCCUAGCUUCUAGAACUAGACUUGCCUGGACUACUGGGCAUUCCCAAUUCAGCGUGUCUUUGUAUGGGAGUGGCAACGACAAGGGCCUAAACAGGAAGGCCAUGCAGACGCCUCAUGAUAGAACGCGUGCUUACCAAUUCGUUUGUCUUUUGUCUAGCGCGCAUAGGAUCCCGUUUUGUGUACGAGCCUAGAGGUGUAGAAGGCCGUCAAUACUGUCCUAGGGUGAGGACACGCCUUCACGUUUGUCAAUUGCAACGGUUUAGUGAAUAACGCACGGGGCUGCAGGGAUGGAAGCAUUUCGGAAUACUGUAACGCAGUAUCUGUACGGUGUACAGUUCGAAUGCCUGCUGGUCAAGAAGGAAGUUGUGCUAGGCUUUUCUUACUGUGCUGAUACCGUAAGUGCUACUGGGGGCAACUAAUUUCUAACGACUAACCGUGUAACGCCAAGCGUACACAUGACCUAAAGGG